AUGUCAGCAAUAACUCUACCAACAUACGAGGAGGCUACCAGGAAAGCGGACUGGCUGGAGCUGGUUGACCCGUACAUCCCGAUCAACGACUAUGCCCGACUCUGCUGUGUGUCCCGGCGCUUCAACAAAUAUUUCCUCCCGAAGCUCUGGUUCGACCCGUUUGCCAUGUGCUACGCCCUCGGGCCAAUAACCAAGCCUGAUGGAGAGAAAAUUCCGAGGACCGAUCUGUUAUUGCGUACCGUGCCUUAUGCCCGCUUGAACACCCGUUCCCUGGUGUUCGCUUUCACUCCACGCAUCAAGGACUGGCUAUCCAUGCUCGGCCGUGCACCCGGAGCCUUUCCUCCCUCCUCCUGGUUCCUCAACUUGCGCUGUUUAACCCUGCUUGAUUGUCCUCCCCCAGAUGACCACGAGCAGAUCAUCCAAUUCAGCGCUAGCUGGUUUCCAAGACGGCCAUAUGUCGUUUCUGCCGUCAGGUGUUCUCAACUGCCAGUACAAUGGCCAGACUAUGAACAAUUCCGGAACCUCAUCGUCUACUUGGAUGAUUCUUACAUUCACAAGCGGCAUGGACACCCUCAUCCGACCUCCCUCCUCUUCAAGCGUAUGCCCCGCUUACGUAUCCUGAAGGCGACAGGCCACGAUUUGGGAGACACCCACGCUGCAGAAAUCCUCCGUAACCUGGGGCGGAGGUUAUGGAGUCUUGAUCUAUCCAACAACGGGUUGACUAAUCGCUUUCUCAAAGACGCCUACCGGUUUUUCGGAUUCACUCGCUUUAGGCAGGUCGGGGGCCGUAACGAGGAUGGAUUGUGCACAUGCUUUGGCCACGGCCAUCGCUACGAAUUGGAAGGCUCUAUAUGCAGUAGCACGAAUGGUUUCUUUAUUCACGAGACACCUUGGACCGAGGACUUGCGUUUGUAUCAUCCCCGGAGGUACCAUGAGGACAGCCCGGAAUAUGCAGAGGAUCCCGAUGCAGAGUCUCGCGAGGUCAGAAAGAGAGCUCUCGAUGACUCGCUUGAUGCUGUCAUCAAAGCCAUCGGCAUGCAGGGUGUUCAUUUGUUCGAUUAUCUUCAGCCUCCUUUCCUUGGUAUCACCCAUCUCUAUCUCAACCAGAACCCCAUGCUCACUGUGAAAAAAAUUCAGAAGCUCAUUGAGUAUGGAUUUGAGCAGUUGCAGCGGUUCGAGUGCGACUCUAUGCUGUUCAUGCCUGAAAAAGACAUGUCUCGAUACGACGGGUACUACCACGACUCCAGAGUUGUACCAUCAUGCGUAUCUGGCUCCAAGAACCAGGCAAUAUCCGGCAUCUUGGGUCUCUCUCAUCUCUUUCGCCCUGUCUUCACCAACCUACAAAUCUUGCGUAUCCAUCACUCACUUGUCACCAAUCUACCCUCGCUAACGGGCUUUGAUGAUCUUUCUGCCAUGGAGAAGAUAUGGUUUGCCGAAACCUUCCUCCUCCCUCGAGCCGAUUUGGUCUUUCCCAACCCCUUCCACCCAGACAUGAACCCCCGACUGAGUUCCUUGACCUUGACGCACAUCCCACGGUACUCUACCGGGACUUUGAUCGAGAGACUCAAGGGAUUGCUGAAAGCUGCAUGGUUUCAGGAACAAACAAUUGCCAAAUUAAGGGCAGAGUAUCGCCGGGUCCAAUCACGUUAUCAACCACCGCUGCUGUCCGGACUGCGCAAGAUCUUCCUCGAAUUCGACCCUGACCCGCGUGACGAGCAAGGGAAGGCCCAGAUGGGAACUGAUGCGUACGAGGGCUUUGAUGCCGAAGCCCUGCUCAACAGCGGUGCUACUGACGAGUUUGGAACGUUUGGGGGGUUCACCAGCCGCAACACCAGAAACGGCACAAGCGGCCCAUCAACGUCGUCCGCUGUGAGACAUGUCAAUGCCAACAACAACAGCGCGACAGGGCCCCGGCGGCAACAACCGCAGGACAGCUCAGAGUUGCCCCGACUGGCCGCCGAGACACCGGAGGUCCGAGCGGUGCUUCAGUCUCGGUAUCAGCAAUGGUCACAGGGAGUUGACCAUUGGGCGCGUGGGAAGCUUGAUUGGAGUCGACCAACUUACGUGACGGACCCCUUGAGGCCAAAAAGAAACCCAAAGGUAUUCAUUGGGUACAACAAGGACAGCCCAAACCAACCGGUGCUCGUCAACAAUGGGGUAUCGCCGUCUGGGCUAGCAUCCUCAUCAUCAGUUCAGGGGCCAUUCGAUUCACUACAAUCCCCGGACUGUCCACAAGAACAUGUCGAAGAAUCCCGAACGCCUCCUGCAUUACCAGUAUCAAUACAAUCAAUUACUGGCUAUAACACAAGACGAGCUGACUCAUCACCACCCGCGUACACAGCUUCACCCACUCCAGCCCGACUUCCUUCCACUUCUCUUUCUCAAGUGCCACUCCCAUAUUCCACCACCUCCCAUGCCUCGUCUUCUUCACUACAGCCUCCUCGUCCAUCAGAAAACCCAGCUCCACUAACCCCCAUCCCUCCCUGCUACACCUCCUUCCCCUACUUCCUCUCUCUCGAAGAGAAACAAGCUUCCCUGACCACCUACCACCUUCUCAUCUCCCGCGCUCUAUGGUUGCAUCCAGAAAGUGUACGUUCUGCUAGUCUCAACGCUGGCCUCGGUGGCCCUAGCGCCGCCGAGCAAAAUCGCAUCCUACUACAACUCUUCCAUCCCAUCAACGCUGCCACCCCGAGCAUGGUUCGGGCAGGGGUGCCGACACAGUUGCCCAUACAGCAGCGGGAUCUGGAACUGGAACUGGGGCGGUGGGUGGUUAGAUAUGAAGAAGAACAACAACGGGUGGAGGCCGAGUUAGUGCACCCUCAUGCAAAUCGUUAUGAAAUUGCGCUGCUUCGUCAACGGUCAAACAGAGUUCUUCAUUAUGGACAGCGCGUGGAAGAGCUACGUCAGGCGACGAGGAGAGCUCAAGAUCAAGCUCAAGAGAGGAGGGGAGGCCCCCCCGAAAUACCAACAGGGGCAGGAUGUUAUGUCUUUUGGAAUGCAUGGAAAGCGGGUCUGUUUGGGGAUGUAAUGUUUCCUUCUGUUGAUGCCUCUGGCUCCGUCUCUUCUACAUCUACCUCUGCCUCUGCCUCCCAGAAUGCGCAUGGUGGUAGUAGUGGGUUGGAUACUGCACCGUCCACCUCCACAAGUACCUCUACCUCUACUUCUACCCCCUCAAAUACCUCCACGGAAAGGAGGAGCACGGAAGGCAGCAGGCACAAAAACAGAGACCUCCUAAGAAAAGAUAUGCGUCGUCCUACACACGAGGAACUAAGCCAGAUGAAGGACGUGAUUGAAGAACUUAAGAAGUUUAGGGCGUUAACUAGCGGGAGUGGAAGUGGGAGUAGCAGUAGCAGUAGCAGUGGUAAGACUGAGGGUUCCGAAAGCAAGGACAAGGACAAGGACAAGGGAAAGAAAAAGGGUAAACAAAAAGCCACUGUGGUGGGCGGAAGUGACGAUGAAAACAGCGAGUCGGAAUGGGCAGGUAAACAUUGGAUGGGCGAGCUGAAGGUUAUCAGAUAUUAG